CAAACGAACAAAAGGAGGUACAAAGGAAUUAGCAAACAACAAACAGAAUACACCAACAAACGAUGAACAGAAUGUACAGCAAACGACAAAAAUAAGCACUAGUAAACAACAAACUGAAAACACCUAA